AUGCAAUUACUUCAGGGCAGCGGAGUGGAGAUUCAAGUCGGAACAGAGACACCAUCAUCGAACGGGGAUAAGACCAAGUUAUUCAAGACAUGGUGUCUUCCCAUAAACUUGGUCUCGCAUUACUCGCCUUACCUAAAGGAGACCUGCUCCUCGAAUCUUCAGGAAUCCAAUAUGCGAAUUAGACUUCCUAACUAUCCACCUGAUGUAUUUGGCCUUUUCGUGGAGUGGAUGUACUAUGGAAGCUAUGAGUCCUCCUCGUCAGUAUCGAUUGAAAAUGCUGAUGCGAAAUGUUGGGUUCUUGGCGACAAGCUUCGAUCUGUCGAUUUCCAGAACUACGCAAUGCGUCGUCUUCAUGAACAGCACACAAGACCAAUCUUCGGACGACCGAUGACCUGCGAUGAUGUGCAGUACGUAUGGACUAACACUUCACCCGGCUCAAAGUUGAGAAACUUCUGUAUGCACUUUAUCGUGGAACACUUUGGCAGUCCAGCAAAAUUGCUCGGCUCAUCGACAGAUUGGGAUAAGCUCCUUCAAACCCAUUCAGAAAUUCGGAUUAUGUUAUUGGAUACGUUCAGGAAGAGCGUGUUUAUACCGACCCGUGUGGAAAGUAUCGAUGAAUACUUGGAGCCAAACAACUUGUCUUCCAUCUUUCCUUCGCAGGAGAAGAGCGAGUCGAUUCAAUUGGCAACAGGUACAAAGACGGCAAAAGCACCGAUUUUCAACUUUGGUGGGAAGCCUAGUGAAAAGAAGAACAGUCCCCAGCAGAGAGAGCCUUUCCAGUUGGCUUCUAGGACAAAGAAUUAUGAAGGAGCUGCACUCAAAUUUGGAUGGAAACUUGGAGAAAUUACAGACAAUCUUCCAACGCCUAGCAUCAAAGCCUUGCAGCCAGAACAAGGGUCUACUUCAAAGCUCAAUGCCAAUGCCGUUCUGGGACAUGCGAAUCAAUGCAUUACAAGUGUUGGCAAGUCAGAUAACGUUGACAAGUCUUGUGAAAUUAAGAAGGAGAAAGAGCCUGCUAAAGGAGAAGUUAAGAAUACAAAGGAAUCGGGACUGGGCGAGGCUAGCUGA